AGAUAUUUUACAGCAGCUUUUUGAGAAGCUGAGAAGAAGAGAGAGAUCGUCGUGCGCGUUGUGAAAGAAGUUCUACGUUUUUUUUUUUUUUGUACAACGAGGAUGGCUCCUUUGAAAUAUCUGACACCGGAACAGAAACAGUUCUGGGACGAGAACGGCUAUAUUAAAUUGUCGAAUGUAUUCUCUCUGAAGGAAAUGAACGAAAUAACGGAUGCCUAUACCGAUUUGUUCGAGAGAAAACAUCGGGAGAAUCUCGACGGUUUGGAAGCUGGUUGGAAAGGUGACGAAAUGAAGAAAGCAGCCGGACAUAUUGAUUAUACCGUGAAGUCUAUUCACAAUCUGCAAAUGCAUAGCGCCGUUUUCACUCGGCUCAUCAUGAAUCCAAACUUAUUAGACGCCCUGGAAGACGUAAUGGACACCAAGGAUAUUCUGCUGCAUCACACCAAGGCGCAUAUAAAACCGCCGGAAAAAGGCGCUCCUUACUUGAUGCAUCAGGAUUAUCACUACUUUCCCUUCAAAAAGCACACCAUGCUGGCCGUGUUCCUGCAUCUGGACGACACGACACCGGAGAACGGCGGUCUGGCUGUAUACCCGGGCAGUCACAAACUCGGACCGCUGGAGGACCACGGGGUAACCGACGAUAAGGGCGAAGAAUAUCAUUACGUUAAUCCUGACGAAUAUCCUUUAUCGAAAGCUGUGCCCGUAUCGGCCAAAAAGGGCGAGAUCGUUAUCUUUUCUUACUUGCUGCUUCACGGCUCGUACUUGAACCUGUCCGACAGAAGUCGGCGCAUGUUUCUCAUGCAAGUGCGAGCUGCCGACGACGAGCCGAUCAAGGACGUGCAUAAAUCUCCCUGUCAGAACAUGAUGCUUCGCGGUAAAAACAUAUACAGAGAGGCAACAAUGGCCAAUAGAUUUGUGCAUUAAUGUAUUGGCCUGGUUCAACAAUACGCGCGACGAAUUAUCAGCUAAGAUUAUAUUUACUCCGCUUUUAAUCUUGGUUAAUAAUAAAACAUGAAAUCGCAGAAUUAAUUUCAUGUUUUUUUUUAUUUUUAAUAUAAUAGUAUUUUGCAACUUUUUGUAUUCCGCGCGUAAUAUAUCUUCCGCUAAUUCUCCUUUUUCUCUUCUUUCGUUUCGUCUCGUGCGAUAUGAAAAAUUCGAAUUUUCAAGAGUCUGAAGUCGCUGAUCGUUAUAAAGCGCACAAGAAGCGUCAUAAAUCCUGCUAUCCAACUCCAUGUCAUUACCCAUGACACGGCCUUAAAAAUAUAAAUGCAUAUAGACAAACACACAUGUGCGUCCGAUGAUUUACUUUACGAUGACGUGGUUUUUACCUCUAACGCGUAAAAGAUGCCGCAAACGUCGUGUUUAUCGAUAGUGUAAAGAGUUACAAAAUCUUGCAAGAUGACGCAUGUUCUUUAAAGAAAAAAUAAUUGUUGACGACAUUUAUCUUCACGCGCGCGCGUUCCGAGAGAGAACGAAAUAAAUACACAUACUUAAUGCUGUAAUAUAAUCGAAACGAUUGGUUCUCUGUUAUUUUUGCAAAUAACGAUGUCAGAUCGUUGCUGAAUUGUUGAUAUCCACUUUCCAUGGUUCGCGUUGCGUGCAAUGUUAUUAUUGUGAGACAAAAAUUGAAAAUCAUCGCGGGCACAACGAUUCUCCAGGGAGCUUCGAAACUACGUACUUUGUGUUAGGUGUAUUUUCUUUAAGAAAUAAAAAAAAAGACGCUGUAAUAAAGCGCAAUGAAUAUUUA